AUGGCCAGCAGAGAAACCAUGGUGACCUCAGAAACCUCAGCAGCACCUAUUCCUCUCACAGCACUGUCACGCUGGUACCUUUACGCCAUUCAUGGCUACUUCUGUGAAGUAAUGUUUACUGCAGCCUGGGACUUUGUGGUUCACUGCAACUGGAAGUUUCCUGGCGUCACCAGCGUGUGGGCGCUCUUCAUCUACGGCACCUGCAUCAUCAUUGUGGAGCAGAUGUACCUGAAGCUGCGUGGCUGCUGCCCCGUUCUGCUGCGCUGUAGUAUCUACACGUUGUGGACUUACUUGUGGGAGUUUGGCACAGGUCUGCUUCUGCGCCAGUUCAACGCCUGCCCCUGGGACUACUCCGAGUUCCGCUACAACUUCAUGGGGUUGAUCACAGCCGAGUACGCCGUGCCAUGGUUCUGCGCGUCCUUCAUUGUGGAACGCUUCGUUAUCCACAAAACCCUGCGGCUGCGCUUCCACGAGGGGCCUGAAGACGGUUGGUCAAGCCAUCAGUCGGAUGCUCGCGUUGCUGGAGGAGGUUUGACAAGUAGCAGGCAAACAGAACAGAGAAGAGGAGUUGGAAGUAAAGCAAAUGGAUAUCUUAAGGUGGAAUGAGUUGAGGAGCAGUCUCUGUCACUGCCAUACCUCCUUAACCCUCCUCUGGCACUAUUCAUAUGCAGCCCACCAUGCUCAGUGU